UGCUUAAAUCUCCAUAUUUCUCUGUUCUUUGAUUCUCAUUUCUUCUUCUUCUUCUUCAAAUUCACACUCAAUCUUGGAUCAAACAAUGGAUUGCUGAAGCUAGUGAGAUCUGGAAGGGAUUUUUGAUUUUGUUGAUCUUGCUGGAGCUCGCAUUUAUCAUUCACAUAGUUGCAACGAGAUUUGUACUGCGCUAAAUACAAGAUUGUCGGCGUCGCAUACUGUGAAUGGCAGCAGUAGAGAAACAAUAUCCUGUUCUUAAGGAGACAACUUGUGCUUCUCUGCUGCAGAGAUUGCAGAAAAUUUGGGAUGAGGUAGGUGAAAAUGAUGAGGAAAGGGACAAGAUGCUUCUUCAGUUAGAGCAGGAAUGUCUGGAUGUGUAUAAGAGGAAAGUAGACCAAGCUGCAAAAUCACGAGCUCAACUUCUUCAAGAGUUGGCAGAUGCUAAGAUCGAACUCUGCAAUCUUUUGUCUUCCCUUGGAGAAAAAUCUGGUGUUGGUAUUCCCGAUAAGUCUUCAGGAUCCAUUAAAGAGCAACUUGCUGCUAUAGCGCCAGCCUUGGAGCACCUAUUGAAACAGAGAGAAGAGAGGAUAAAGGAGUUUCUUGAUGUGCAAUCACAGAUUGACAAGAUAUGUGGUGAAAUUUUGGGGACAAGUGAAAAAUUGGGGAGCCCCAAAAUUGAUGAAUCUGACCUUUCCCUCAAGAAACUAGACGGGUUUCAGUCUCAGCUCCAAGAACUCCAAAAGGAAAAGAGGGAUAGGUUGCACAAAGUGCUUGAAUUUGUAAGCAAUAUUCACGAUCUUUGUGCAGUCCUUGGGGUGGAUUUCUUUAGUACUAUCACUGAAGUGCAUCCAACCUUAAAUGACUCUAUGGGGAUGCAAUCAAAAAGCAUUAGCAACAAUACCCUAUCUAGGCUGGCCAAGACAGUUUUAGCUCUAAUAGGUGACAAGAAGCAAAGGUUGCAAAAGCUUCAAGAUUUGGCCACGCAUCUAGUUGAUCUUUGGAAUUUGAUGGAGACCCCUCAAGAAGAUCGGAUUUUGUUUGACCAUGUGACCUGUAAUAUAUCAGCUUCAGUGGAUGAAGUAACUGUUCCUGGAGCUCUUGCUCUCGAUCUGAUUGAACAGGCUGAGGUUGAAGUUAAAAGACUAGAUCAACUAAAAGCAAGCAAAAUGAAAGAAAUUUCCUUCAAGAAGCAAGCCGAGUUGGAUGAGAUAUUUGCAUGUGCUCAUAUUGAGAUUGAUUCCGAGGCUGCACGAACAAAGAUUCUAGAGCUGAUUGAAACUGGAAAUAUUGAACCAUCGGAAUUGUUUAGUGAGAUGGAUAACCAAAUAGUUAAGGCGAAGGCAGAAGCUCUUAGCAGAAAAGAAAUAUUGGAUAAAGUUGAAAAGUGGACGUCAGCAUGUGAAGAAGAGAGUUGGCUUGAAGACUACAGCAGGGAUGAUAAUAGAUACAAUGCUAGCAGAGGGGCACACCUGAAUCUCAAACGAGCUGAGAAAGCCCGGGUUCUGGUCAGCAAAAUUUCAAGUCUGGUUGACUCGUUAGUUGCUAAAACAAGGGCAUGGGAAGAAGAACAUGAUAUGAAAUUCACUUACGACGGUGUUCCUUUGCUUGCAAUGCUGGAUGAAUAUUCAAUGCUUAGGCACGAAAGGGAAGAAGAUAAGCGUAGGUUAAGGGAUCAGAAGAAGUUCCAUGAACAACAAAACACGGAACAGGAAUCCAUAUUUGGUUCGAAGCCAAGCCCAAGCCCGGGUCGAGCACUUGGCAAUAAGAAAGUUGUGGGGCUACGCAGUACAAAUGGAGCAAACGGAACACCUAGAAGGAUGUCUUCCCUAAACAAUAACGGUUCAAAAUCUGUAAACAAAGACGGAAGGAGAGAUAGCGCCAGGCCAAUUGCACCGGUGAAUUAUGUUGCCAUUUCGAAAGAGGAUUCUCGGUCACAUAUUUCUGGUACCGAGCCCAUUCCAUCGUCACCAUAAUAAUAAUAAUAGUAAAGGUUUAUGGCCUUGGGUAGAGACAUAGGUUUUGAUGUUAAGCGUAACCUCUGUUAUCAGAACUCAGAAGAAGACUUGACUGACUGACUACUAGCAAAGCUUAGCAUAAUAAUUUGUGCAGCAGCAAUUAUCAUCGAAUAUUAUUUUACUGGAAAAUACUAGAUUGAUUUUCAU